CUUUAAUUACUUUUUAUUAUCAAACCCUAGUCACCUGCAUAGUGUUCAUAUAUCAACAAUUAUGCGAGCCGUGGCAUACAGUGUAAUCUUUCAAGGGCUCAGCCUUGCAGUUUCCUUACCCCUAGCGGACUCUUUUCCAGGUCAUGACUGUGUCGUAGACAAUCGAACUUUGGACGAGAUCUAUGCGGCUGCGCAAAAGGAGAGCGGAGAGCUGACUGUCUUUUGGGGUGGAGAUGAAAUCAGUCAGGGCGACCCAACUAUUACCGCAUGGAAUGCUCGGUUCCCCAAUGUGAAGCUCAAUUUGACCGUCGAUGUCUCGAAGUACCUGGAUAGUCGUAUCGAUCGCCAAUUUCAAAAGACUGGCGAUGAUGGCGCUGACCUUGCCGUUAUACAAACCACUCAUGACUACAGCCGCUGGAAGAGAGAAGGCAGGCUGCUACCAUAUAAGCCUGCUAAUUGGAAUAAUAUCUAUCCGGCCCUCAAGGAUCCCAAUGGGGCAUUCUUUGGCAUCUUCGUCUACCAAUUCGGAAGCCUUAUCUAUAACAGUGACCGUCUCAACGAGUCCCAGCUCCCGAAUUCUUACGCUGAUUUCGUGGACCCGGCCUGGAAGGGGAAGCUGGUUCUCACCUACCCAAACGAUGAUGAUGCCAUUGGGUACCUCUUCUCAGUUCUCAUUGACAAGUAUGGGUGGGAAUGGUUUGAGACUCUCUCACAGCAGGAUGUUCAAUGGAUUCGUGGUACAGGACAGCCGACAGAUGUUGUUGCUAAAGGUAACACCACCCGGGUGCUGUCCUUCACGUCAAACUUGACUGGUCCAAAGAACCUCGCCAGCAAGAUUUUGGAUGUACCACGUGUAUUGUGGCCACAGAGAGGUGCCAUUUUUUCUAGCACAAAACGCCCGGAAAGUGCGAAAUUAUUCCUAAGCUGGCUGAUCAGUGAUGAGUUCCAGCAAGGACUAGCGUCUGAGGGACGGUAUUUGUCUGUGAAGAAUCUUAACUCCACUUCAGGGUCCGUGUGGAAUGAACCGAACACUGGUAUAACUCAGUUUGGCACCUUCAUGGAGGAUCGAGCCAAUGUAGAAUGGUGGAGAUUUCAAUAUGAGACGACCAUUGGGACGGCCCAGGGCGUAAGUCCUAUCCUUUCAGUGUAAGGAAGUAGGACUAGCCUCUAGGGACCAAUACCUCAAUGAGAAUUUGAAAGUUUCAAACAGUGGUCAACAACUCGUCACUGAAUCGAAGACCACAGUGAAUAUUCUGCUAACAAUAGAGGAAUCAU